CGAUCACCGACAGUACAUGUCCUCCUCGUCCUCUCCGUCUCCGCAAUCUUCCUCUGUUGGCUCUCCCGGGCUUGGCGUAUUACACGAGCCGCUCGUUGCUCCGGUGAAGAAACGAAGGAUACAACGCGCUUGCGAUGCAUGUCGGGUCAAACGAACUGCAUGCAAUGGGCUGCGAACCGAUAACCGCCAAUGCUCUAGCUGCGUCGAGGAGGGUAUUCUCUGUGUGUACUCCGGCGCGUCGACAUCAACCCCGCUCACAAAGGAGAAACACCGCACCCCAAGUCAAUCAGUCGACGAGCACGGCCCCUCGCCGGGACCCGGAGUGGAGACUGCCACGCUGAGCAUCCGCGCUGUGGACAGCCCGUCGACAGAGGACACAUCGGAUUAUGCCGAGAUGGUGCGGCAGAUGACGGAACUGCGCGUGAGCGAGCCCCAUUUGAGUCGCUUCUUGGGCAAGUCAAGCCCGUGGACGACCGCUUCGCGACCCAAGCCGACAUACGUCUUCCCACCUCAAGAUCUCCUCUACUCACUGAUCACGCUUUAUUUCGAGCAUGCGAACCUAUUCCUCCCGCUCCUCCACCGACCCUCAUUCGAGCGCGAUGUCUCUCGCGGAUCACAUUUGCUGGACGAUCAGCUCGGUGCGAUUGUUUUACUCGUCUGCGCGAUCGGGUCCCGAUUCUCACACGACCCGCGGGUCCAUAACGAAUCGACGCCGCUGAACAGCGGACGAAUGUUCAGCGACCAGGUGGAUUUAGAUUUGGACGUGAUGACUAGGAAGGAGACGAUGAAUCUGCUUGACUUGCAACGAUUUUGUCUUGCAAUCGAAUACAACGAGUGCGCAUCGAGACAAAUGAACUGGGCACUCGUUGGCAUAGGCAUUCGUGCCGCAGUGGAGCUCGGGCUGCACCGCCGCCAGGACGAGCGGCGGCAUACGGUCGCAUCAGAGCUCUAUCGCAGGGCGUUCUGGGUGCUGGUUUAUUACGACCGCCUGCUUAGCUGCACGCUGGGACGGCCGUCAGCGUUGCAGGGCGAGGACUUUGAUGUACAGCUCCCGACAGAAUGUGACGACGAAUACUGGGAGCAGGAUGGUGUACCACUGUUUCAGCAACCGCCCGGAAAGCCGUCGGCCGUCUCGUAUUUCACAUCAACGAUCAAGUUGACCAGCGUCCUCGCAUUCAGUCUUAAGCUCCUCUACGCUCUGGACAAAACAAAGGCCAUCUACUCUGUCCGUGAUCCGGCGUGGGAGGAACAUCUCGUCGUCGAGUUGGACUCCGCCCUAAACAAGUGGUUCAGCUUACUCCCAGAUCACUUGCGAUGGAAUCCACACGGCGCAUCCGAGGCGUUCUUCAGGCAAUCCGUUGCCCUCCAUUGUCACUAUCACUUUGUCCAGAUGAUAACACACCGUCCAUUUCUGCCGAUUUUGCGGAUGGAUCCACCCACGAACCUACCUUCACUUGCAAUCUGCACGAACGCAGCCCGCGCCUGCGUCCGUGUCGCUGAUGCGUGGCUGAACCGAUGUCCAGAAUCGCCGAUAGUUUACAUCAUCAAUCCUCUCUGCAUGGCUGCCAUCAUGCUCAUCAUCACGACUAUUUCGAAUCGAAGCACCGUCGCAGACGCAUCCCGGGCCGGCGUUGAUAUUCCGGAAGUCGACAGGGUUUCGCGCAUAAUCGCGACUAUGGAGACGCGCUGGCAGCUUGCAGGACUGCUCCGUGACACUUUGGCCGAACUUAUCAGCGCCAGGAAUGACCUACCCGCAGACCACGCGUCGUGUGCGCUUUCUGAAUCGCUCUCGUCUUGGGACGGGAUGUUUCAACAUCAACACUGGAGCGCUUCAACGGUCCUCUCGCCGUCGCCGAGUCAUUCUUAUCCUUGCUUGAACGGUACUGCCACGCCGCCAAUCAGUGGGAUGGGCGUCGGCUUGUCGCAUCGAUCCGCAGGAGAAGAAAUCUGGCCCAAUCAGAGGGAUCAUGAGUCUUCUCAUCCCCAGAAUGCCGGAUGGAGUGAUUUGGAAGCAUAUAUAGCGUAUAUGAAUGGUGUAACCCUCGUUCAUUGCCUUGCCAACGGGAUCCCGUACCGAUUCUUAACCCCAUCCCCUGUUGCGCGAUCUCUUUCGUUCCUUUCGCUCUCUCUCCCUUCCUUCCUUGCUCCGGUAGCAACUUCUCUUCUUUCUCUCUCUCUGUUCACACUCGGCCUGGCUUCGGUAGCUGUGGCCACCGUACUGCUCGCUAUAGUCGCGCUCGACGUCCCGUACUUCAAAUCCGUCUACUUCCUCCGCAUCGACCUCGGGAACGGGACAGUCACCGCCAGCGCUGCAGCCAACCAGACAAAUGCUUUCGUCGAUCUGGGCGUAUUGGGAUUUUGCACGGACUUGAGGGACGGGAGAGGCUUGCAGUGCUCUUCCCCGCAGAUCGGGUAUUCCCUCUCGUCUGCGUCCAAGUUCAUCAACGGGACUCUUCCUCCGGCGCUUACGUCGCGCGUCAACGCUGUCGCAUCGUCUCUGACCAAGGUUCUCGUCCUGCACGUCGCCGCAUUCGGCAUCGCGCUCGUCUCCUUCGCAUUCGCCCUCCUCUCCUUCUUCGGCGCGCCCAUCGCCGACUGCUGCUCGUCGUGUUUCUGCGGCUUUGCAAGCGCCGCGGCCUUUGCUGUGUUUGUUUUCGACAUCGCGUUCUUUGAGCUCGUCAAGAAGCGCGUCCAGGCUGAGGCUAAUGCGGGUGCGGCAGUACUGGGAAACGCGCUCUAUCUCACGCUGUUUGCGUGGUUGUUGUUGAUGAUAACGCCAAUUCUGUUCUUGAUUGGACGGUGCUUUGGAUGCUGUAUGCCCGACAUUAGUGACAAGCGGCACAAGUACUAGAGUAAUUAGGGUUUUACAAGGGAGUAUAUUACGAGUGGGGAAAUGUUUCGAUACCUAUUUAAAAAUCUUCAAUUUAUGCUUCA